CCAUUAUAAUCAAACACAAAAUUCGUCACUUAGUUUAUUUUAAGACAAAAAUAAAAAUAAAAAUAAAAAUUAGGGGAAUGAUAAUGAAGGUUAAUUCUAAUUCAAAAUUCACCUUCUUAUGUUCGUCAAUAUUGGUAAUUUGUUGCAUACAAAGUAUGAUAAUUGGAAGUCAAGCUGCUGGGAGGGUUGACUUAAAACUUAGCAUUAACCCGAGUUUAAAAGUAAAGGCUGUUAAUCUUGGAGGAUGGCUUGUUACUGAAGGAUGGAUGAAACCUUCUCUUUUUGAUGGCAUUCCUAACAACGACUUGCUGGAUGGAACACAAAUUCAGCUGAGAUCAGUGACUAUAGGAAAGUAUGUGUGUGCUGAGAAUGGUGGAGGGACCAUCUUAGUUGCUAACAGAGAUUCUGCUUCAGGUUGGGAAACAUUCAGGUUAUGGAGAAUCGACGAAAACACGUUCAAUUUCCGGGUGUUCAGCAAUCAGUUCGCAGGAGUUCAGGGAAAUGGAGGAAGUCCUCCAGUAGUUGCAGAAGCCACCACACCACGAGCUUCUGAAAUAUUCCGCAUUGUCAGAAAAUCUGAUGAUAAAAACCGUGUUCGAAUUCAAGCUCCUAGUGGUCUCUUCCUACAGGCAAAAACACAGGAUCUGGUAACUGCAGAUUAUGCAGGGGAUGGUGGUUGGGGGGAUGAUAACCCAUCUGUUUUUGUUAUGACUGUAUUUGGAACUCCAAGAGGGGAAUUCCAGAUUACUAAUGGUUAUGGCCCUGAAAAAGCCCCACAAGUUAUGAGGGAACACUGGAACACGUUCAUUGUUGAAGAUGAUUUCAGGUUCAUGUCUCAGAAUGGACUCAAUGCUGUCAGAAUUCCUGUUGGAUGGUGGAUAGCCAGUGACCCGUCACCCCCUAAGCCUUUCGUGGGAGGAUCAUUGCAAGCCUUAGACAAUGCCUUCACUUGGGCACAGAAAUACGGUAUCAAGGUUAUAAUAGACCUGCACGCUGCACCGGGGUCACAAAAUGGGAAUGAACACAGUGCAACUAGAGAUGGAUCUCUUGAAUGGGGAAAAACUGAUGCUACUGUGCAACAAAGUGUUGCUGUUAUUGACUUCUUAGCUUCACGAUACGCAAAACGCCCUAACCUGUUAGCAGUAGAGCUGAUAAACGAGCCUGUAGCACCUGCUGUAACAUUGGAGACACUGUCAAACUACUAUCAGUUAGGAUACAAUGCAGUUCGUAAAUACUCUUCAACUGCAUAUGUUAUAAUGUCAAAUCGAUUAGGGCCAAUUGAUACAAGGGAGCUGUUUCCUCUUGCUAGUGGAUUACAAUUGACUGUAAUUGAUGUACAUUACUACAACCUCUUCUCCAGCAUAUUUGACAACAUGAGUGUUCAACAGAAUAUCGAUUUUGUCAACAAUAAUAGGUCCUCGGAUUUGGGCUAUGUCACCACCUCUAAUGGGCCCCUUACUUUUGUUGGGGAAUGGGUAGCUGAGUGGCAGGUGAGUGGAGCAACAAAACAAGACUUUCAAAACUUUGCAAAUGCACAACUGCAAGUGUACGGUCGUGCAUCCUUUGGUUGGGCUUACUGGAGUUAUAAGAACGUCAACAAUCACUGGAGUCUUCAAUGGAUGAUUCAGAAUGGUUACAUUUCACUAACCAGUAGAUAAUAUAUCAGCAAACCCCCAUCCUUUUCGGAUUAAGGCUUAAUUUAUUGGUAAUUGUACAAGUGUAUAACUUGAUUUCCAAACACGGUAUUAAAGGUUUGUUUUCAUAAUAAAAAUAAUGCAAAAUGUAGCCAAGCUAUUUUCUAAUUUAUACUCCGUAUGUACGAAAUAUGUAACAUCAUGAUAAUUCCUAAACAAAGUUGCUUAUUAACUGUACUAAUUAAAAAAAAGAGGAGCACAGUUAGUUGUAUUUUCUAAAUCUAAUGUAUAAGAUUACAAGUAUAAUUGUGUACCUAGGUUUA